GACCAACGUCUCCUGGUUUCGGCUCAACAGCAUCUGCUCGGCCUGGCUCCGAGACGUCUGCAGGCAUCCAAACAAGCUUGCAAGUUGCAUCCGGAGAUGCGAGCCAGGCUGAUACAGCCAACCAAACACGCCCUUAAUUUUCCCCGAUACUACCACUGGCAUCGUGAGAGAUCAGUAGAGGUGAGCACUCAACUUCGCCAAAUCGCCCAUGGCCGAAGCGGCCACCACCACCCCGCUGCUGACGAGCCAUGAAGCAGAGCCGUCCAUCGACGACGUCAUCGAGGCGUACAUCGGCGCCACCGGCGCCCGCCAGCUUCUCAAGGCCAUGCUGCUGGCCUUCGCUUGGGCUUUCGACGCGCAGCAGGUGUUCAUGUCCGUGUUCACGGACGCGGAGCCGCCAUGGCACUGCACCGGCGUCGUCGACGCGGCUGCGGCGGCGGCGGCCGACUCCGGCUCGUCCUGCUCGCCGCCGGCCGCUUCCGCUUCGCCGUGCGCGCUCCCGCCUGGCACGUGGGAGUGGGACCGCCCGGCCGAGACGUCGGUGGUGUCGGACUGGGCACUCAACUGCGGCCCGGCGCUCGUCUCCCUCCCGGCGUCGUCGUUCUUCGCCGGCAACCUCGCCGGCGGCUUCCUACUCGCAACGCUCGCCGACACUCACCUGGGCCGCAGGAAGAUGCUCCUCCUGUCACUGGUGACCAUGUCCGUCGCCGCCGCGCUCACGGCGUUCUCGCCGAACGUGUGGGUGUACUCCGCCCUGCGGUUCGUGUCCGGGUUCGGCAGGUCCAUGGUGGGCACGUCAGCGAUGGUCCUGUCCACGGAGCUCGACGGGAAGCGGUGGCGCAACACGGUGAGCGCCGCGGGAUUCGUCUUCUUCUCCGUCGGGUUCGUGUCGCUCCCGGCGCUCGCGUACACGUUCCGCGAGGCGUCGUGGCGGAACAUGUACGUGUGGACGUCGCUCCCGUCCCUCUGCUACGCCGUCCUGCUCUACCUGCUCGUCCAGGAGUCGCCGCGGUGGCUGCUGGUGCGCGGCCGGAAGCAGGAGGCCAUCGAGGCGGUGCGCCAGAUCGCGUCGCUCAACGGCGGCGGCGGAGGCAUCACGACGUCGAGCUUCUCCAUGCUGGACGCGUGCGCCGUGGAGCUCGGGGACGGCGGCGAGGGCAUGUUCGCCACGCUGCACUCGAUAUGGGAGCGGCGGCGGGCGCUCCGGAGGCUGGCGGCGAUCACUGCGGCGAGCUUCGGCGUGGGCAUGGUCUACUACGGGAUGCCGCUCAACGUGGGCAGCCUGAGCCCCUCCAACCUCUACCUGAGCGUGGCGUACAACGCGGUGGCCGAGCUCCCGUCGUCCAUCCUCGCGUGGCUCCUCAUGGGCAGGUGGUUCAACCGGCGCGGCUCGGUGGUCGCGCUCACCACGGCGUCCGGGCUGUGCAGCCUCGCCGCGUGCGUCCCCGCCGUCGUCCUCCCGGACGGCGCGCGGAUGGCCGCCGAGGUGGCCUCGUUCUUCGCGUCGUGCACGGCGUACGACAUGAUGCUCAUGUACACCAUCGAGCUGUUCCCGACGUCGGUGCGCAACUCGGCGGUGGGGCUGGUGCGGCAGGCGGUGGCGCUGGGCGGCGUGGUGGCUCCCGUGCUCGUCGCGCUCGGCCGCGAGACGACGAGCUACUGGUCGUCGUCGUUCGGCGUGUUCGGGCUCGCCGUCGGCUGCCUCGGGCUGUUAGUCACCUGCCUGCCGGAGACGAGGGGGAGGAGGUUGUCGGACACCAUGGAGGAGGAGGAGGCCGCCGUCUUGUCCAGCUCUGGCGCGAGCGACAUGGAUAACAACGGCGAGCUCGUGUAAACGACGUUCAGGUUUGUUCUGUACAUCUUUGGUGCUGGAUAUUUUCGUGCAGGUCGGAGACGAAACUACUGUCAUUCGUCAGUCAUGUAUAGUGCCACUGCCACCAACUUGCAGAACAUAAUCCAAAUGAUUGUUACGAACUUACAGUUCCGCUUCAUUUCAUCGGUACGGGUGGAUAAUAACGAGAUAUAAGUUUAGCUCGGCUCGACUUAAUUAUUGAGUUCGACCAAUCCGAGCCAUGAACUUAACUAGCUGAUUGGCCCGCGCAAUUGCGCGGCUAGCACCCAAACAAAA